AUGGAUACACGAUCUCGCAUCAGUGGGCCUUAUACAGAAGCAACAGGUGAUUAUGUUCGAAAUGGUAGUCGAUAUGCAUUAGCUACAGCUGUACUUGAUUGUAUCGUGCUUGUAUUUACAACUAUUAUUGCAUUUCUUCUACGUGCAUCAGAUAUAUUUUCUGUUCGACAACAACGUUUUUUAUGUGAUGAUGCUCGUUAUUAUCAAUCCUAUGAAGAUGCUAAUACAGAACGAAAUUAUAUUAUACUUUCAAAUAUUACGCUUUAUUUAAUAUGUUUACUUGUUCCAAUUAUUGUUAUUUCAAUAAUUGAACUUAUUCGUUCAUUUAUUGCAUAUAAUUCUUAUCGAACUCGUUUUGCUAUUCGAUUUAAAGAAUGUCUUACUCGAUCAUUAACUCGUAUUCUUAAAUAUACUUCUGUGUUUAUUUUUGGUGCAUUGGUAACAACUGUACUAACAGAUAUUUUAAAAAUAAUGUCAGGUCGUUUAAGACCUUAUUUUUUAACUUUAUGUAAUCCUGAUCAAUCAUCUUGUAAUGGAAUGGGUUUAACUGAUGCUGAAUUCGUAUGUUUAUCAAAGAAUAUGACUGGAUUAUUAAGAGAAGCUCGACUUUCUUUUCCAUCAUUACAUGCAUCAUUAUCAAUGUAUAGUGCAAUAUUUCUUGCGAUUUAUCUUCAUCGUGGUAUACUUAUUGAACUUGUUGCUGGUGGUGUUCGAUUAGCAAGUAAUAAAAAUCAUUGGGAAGAUGUUGCAGUUGGAUUUGCAUUAGGAGCAAUAAUUGCAAUUUAUCUUAUGGAUGCUACUUAUGCACCUGGUAUGGAUGCUGUUUAUCAAACAACAGGUCAUAGUGUUACUGGUCCUGAACAAUUUUCAUUACAACCAAGUGCAUCUCAAGGUCAUAUUGCUGGUAGUUUUGCUCGUCAUCGAUAUGAUCUUAAAACUCAAAUGCAACAACAAGCAGCAGCAGCAGCAGCAGCUGCACUUGUAAAUCAACAAAUUCCAACAGAUAAAGCAGGUACAGUUGUAGGACGUUGA